GCCGCUCCCGCCUCCCCUUUCCGCUGCCGAGGCGGCGGGGCCGAGCCCCAGCGGACCGAGCCGCGGCCGCAGCGGGCGGCGGGCGCAGAGGAGGCGGCGGGGUGGUCUGGCGACGGCGAUGCGGCUGCUGCGCUGAGCCUGCCCGCUCCAGGCGCCGGGGGAACGGGCCGCGCGGAGCGGCAGCAUGCGGGGCGGCGAGGAGCUGGACGGCUUCGAGGGCGAGGCCUCGAGCACCUCCAUGAUCUCGGGCGCCAGCAGCCCGUACCAACCCACCACCGAGCCCGUGAGCCAGCGCCGCGGGCUGGCCGGCCUGCGCUGCGACCCGGACUACCUGCGCGGCGCGCUUGGCCGCCUCAAGGUCGCCCAAGUGAUUUUAGCCCUAAUUGCAUUUAUCUGCAUUGAGACCAUCAUGGAGUGCUCCCCGUGUGAAGGCCUCUACUUCUUUGAGUUCGUAAGCUGCAGCGCAUUUGUGGUGACUGGGGUCUUGCUGAUUCUCUUCAGCCUCAACCUGCAUAUGAGGAUCCCCCAGAUCAACUGGAACCUAACAGAUUUGGUCAACACUGGACUCAGCACUUUCUUUUUCUUUAUUGCCUCAAUUGUAUUGGCUGCUUUAAAUCAUAAAACCGGAGCGGAAAUUGCUGCUGUGAUAUUUGGCUUCUUGGCAACAGCAGCCUAUGCAGUCAGCACGUUCCUGGCUGUGCAGAAAUGGAGAGUCAGCGUCCGCCAGCAGAGCGCCAAUGACUACAUCCGAGCUCGCACCGAGUCUAGAGAUGUGGACGGCCGUCCUGAGAUCCAGCGCCUGGACACAUGAGACCGUCUGGAGCCCUCCCGCUGCCCUCUGCCCAUUCUUCUAAUCAAAUUUUCUUUCUCUUAGCACGUCAGAUUUUUGUGUGAACCAGCUGAAUUUUGUCCUGUUUGGUAAAAAUUCACUUUGGGAAAGGUUGCCUAGAGUGGCCCAGUGACUGAUCUGUUGGGCAUUGGGUGCCCGUGGGAGCAGCCAACUUUAUUGAGUGCUCUAGGUCUUAACUGUCUGUCUCAGAACGCAUGGUCUCACCUGACUCUGAGCCACCCUUUCGUGUGUAUUUGCAAUGAGUCAGAGCCUUAUUAAAUGGCAUUGAGAAGGGAAUUAUAUGUCACAAGACGGAAAGAAGCAUGGGGUGGGACAGCCAGUGAGGUACUUGGACAGCCUUCUAGCCAACUGGGGUGCGUGUUGAGUCUGUUAGAUCCACCCUCCCUGUGUUCUGUUCCCAGAGCAUCUGGGCAGCCAGCAUGGCCUGAGGGGGACUCUGAGGGGUCUGAUGGAUGGAUGUGUUCCUGUAACUUCCUUACCAGGCUUGUAUGCUACAGGGAUAGGAAAAGCUAGUGUCCUGUGGGGACAGCUCCGUGGACUGACUCCCAGAGCAGUGACCAUUUGUCUCCUGCCCUGCUGAGAAAUCACUUGAUUCUUCCUCAUGUGAAUUGCCUUCCUGUGGUCCAUACUUACUUUCCGGGAGAGGGGGCUAUUACAUGUGCCGGGGUCCUCCUACCUUACAUAUCGUGGGGCUGAAUUGCAGUUUUGGCAACUUUUACCUUCUCAGGUGAAAGUGCAGAAGAAACAGUCCUCCAUUAGCCCGGGCACUUUGUCUACUUGCUGGCCUCAUGGAUCCCGUGUGUGUGUGUGUGUGUGUGUGUGUGUGUGUGUGUUAGUUACAGAGUGGCACACUCAAACUCACACUUCUGUUGUGUGGACACGUCUAAUUUUCUGAAUAUCCGAGACAGCUCUAAAGUGAUUCCAAGUCAGUUUUUCUAGGAUUUGAAAAUACUUGAAUCUGUACCAGGACACAUCCUUCUACGGAUGUUCCACGAGGCACUGCUGUCAUCUGGGCACCUGAGUGUCUUCACUAUGAUCAAAAGUCCUGGAUUAUGUUAGGAAUCCUAGUUACAUAGGCUUUUGGAUUGGUUCUUGAUAAACUGAAGAUUAUUUUUGUGGUGAAUGAGUUAAACAGGCCCCUAUGAUACUGUAAUUUUGUUGUUAAGAGACUAAUUAAUAUGUCAGGUUCUCACUCUGAACUGUUGUUUACAGAUCUUGUUGUAGCUCUAAGAUUUUGUGGAGAUGUGGCUGGCGAGAAGAUAGCAUGAGAGUAGAGAGUCCCCACUAUCUCCUAAGGACUGGUCAGAACCCAGAAGUGGGUGGCAAGUGUUGAGGAGAGUCUGAGGAGGUGCUCCCUGGGUACCAUGGCCCUGCAUCAUUCAGCGAAGAGCAGUGCUGAAUAGUGAAAGAGGGGGCUCCUGUCAAACACCACUGCAGGGCUCAGGAGUCCACAGGAAAUAGCCUGUGUCUGAUUCGGGGCAGGGUGGGGGAGUACUAGGGGCUGGCUCCCUAAACCCAAUAUCCGGUGUGCUCAAGUUCUGCCGCAGUUCCAGAUUGGCAGUAGUCCAGGCCCCAUGUUCAGAGGAUGACCCAGCUAGUCUGGUGUACCUCCCUCCCUGCUGCUCUUCUUCAGAGGGCAGCCUGAGUCUGGCCUUUGCCCGGCUCCUCAUGGAGAACUUCCUGUGGCUGGACAUGUUGAGUCAGUCCGUCAGGGCACAUUGUGCUUUACCAACCUUGAACCUGUUGUGUGUUGUGAGGUGGGGGAGUGGAUGACAUCUUGAUUUUUAUCUGUUAGUUUAUGUGAUCAUUUUGCAUUUGUUGAGUAUGUCUACAUAAUCAAACUCUGGCUUUUCUGCCUUGGAGAAUUCCUUUUAAAAUAGCGUUGCAAAGACUCGAUAUGUAUCAGAUGGGGCCCACUUGGAAGGACCACCCUGAGCUUUAUCAUGUUACUGGGCCUCAGGAAAAAGCCACCUUUGAAGUGAGGCAGAAGAAAGAAGCAUUCAGACAGGGUUUCUGCUCAGUUUUCCAAGUCCCUUCAAUAAACCCGUUUGAUCCUGUGAUGAAAGGAGGCCUCUGAGAAGUGUUUCGGCUGAAGGAAAUGAUCCUGAGACCCGCUGAGACCAUGAAUCCUGAUAAGUGAUAAAAUGUGGUGGCGUCUUAGGGCCUAAGAGACUUGAGAGCAAUUUGCAUCUUAGUGACAGAAUCAUUGUAAUAUUUAUAUCCCAGUAACUAUUUAAUAUCCUCUGUGCUAUGAAGCUUCCCUAUGGCUUUUGUGUAUGUACUAUUGAACUGGUUCCCGUUGAGCCAGAGUGGCGUGUACACAUUCUAAUAGGGUGGUGCACAGCCCCUCUUGCCUUUACAGCCAGUAUGGUGAGGAAAAGCCAUGAAGGGAAGAUGGUUGUCUAGAGUGAAUGCAGACACCUGAUUUUUUCCUGUUGUGCUUCUGUACAAACAGAAGGUAAUAGAUUUGGGUUUUUAAAAAUAACCUGUAAAUUGAAAAAAAAAAAAAGGAUAUUUUUGUGUUUAUUAAGUCUACUGUGGACCAAUGUCGCUUAGGUGUGGGGCAUUUUAAGCCAACCGUAUCAGUCUGUUUCCUGAUGGAAUGGAAUGGAAUUCACUUUCUCAGUUGGAGAAAAUGUGGAGAAAUGCAGUUGUUGGGAGCAUCUGGUAUGUUCGUGGAGGUGUGGGGUUGAAGACCUCUAGCGUGUGGU